GAAGAAGCGUGAUGUCUGGAAGAGGUAAAGGAGGCAAAGGCCUGGGAAAAGGCGGAGCGAAGCGGCACCGCAAAGUGCUCCGUGAUAACAUCCAGGGCAUCACGAAACCAGCCAUCCGGCGCCUGGCUCGCCGUGGCGGGGUCAAGCGCAUCUCGGGCUUGAUCUACGAGGAGACCCGCGGGGUGCUGAAGGUUUUCCUGGAGAAUGUGAUCCGGGAUGCGGUCACCUACACUGAGCACGCCAAGCGCAAGACGGUCACCGCCAUGGAUGUGGUGUACGCUCUGAAACGCCAGGGCCGCACUCUCUAUGGAUUCGGCGGCUGAGCAUAAAGCGACCCUUUUCCAGCGAACCCAAAGGCUCUUUUCAGAGCCACCCAAACCCUCCCGAUAGAGAGCGGAGACCUGAGGACAGGGAAGGCAGCACAUACGGAGGGAAUAGUGUAACGGUUCUUUAGCGUGUCAUUUAUCAUUUUGCCCAGACACUGAUGCGGUAUUUGUAUUUCAUUGACCCUUCCAGAAACGAUACUUUCAUGAGUUUUGAUGCUGGGACACAGGAUUUUUUCAUAGCCUGCUCUUUCCAUGUGCCUGUACAGACCGUUCAGGCGGCCAUUAAGUUGUGUUUCGGCUGAUUGUUAUGUGAUUGAAAUAAAAAUCGAUUCGGUCAGUUUCUGUAGUUUUAUCGUGGAAUGGGUGGCGUCAUGAGUGUAUGUGCGACUGUAAAGGAGUAUACGCGUACGUCUGUCAGAGGGUGC